UCAAAAUGCGGUUCGGCGUAUUUGGGGAGGUAUUAGAAACCAUGUAAAAUUGCCGAGGGAGUCCUCUUGGAGAAUUCUACGUUUUCGUUUUUCUAAAUUUCUCUGGAUAUUGCCAGAAAAAAAACUAAACAUUCGCAAGAAAUGUCUGUGAGAAUUCCAGGACUGCGCGCGGGUGUUCUUCUGGCGCUUUGUCUGUGUGUCUGUGUCAAUCAGGGAUUAAAACUAAAAGACUCCUCUCAGCUAGUGUACCCCAUUCCCAGGCAUCGGUUAUGGGACAAUUCACGAACUGUGGGAUUAGAGCAGACUAUGUGCAUUGAGACAAAAGAUAUCAAAUGUGGAUACUGUUCAAAGAUCCCACUACAAGUCAGAAGCAAACCAUUGAUUUCAUACUUACCCGGGGCCUUAAUAGAAAUUAAAUCUCACGUGAAUUCAACAGCUGGCGGGAUUUUACGAGUCUCGCUGUGUUCUCGAUCAGACUCUUUUCGUUCUGAAGAGGAGGACUGUCGUUAUGAUAUGCCGCUUCUUGAAUUGAAUUCCAAUUCUCGCGACAUCCUGCUAAAUCCAUCAAAGGAAGUGACGAAGUCAUUUUUACUUCCGGAGGAAUUUGUCUGUACACACUGUGUGUUACAGUGGCGAUUCACAGAAGUUGAUCCUAGCUGCAAUGGCUGCCUACAGACUACAAUUAAUUGUGCCGACAUCUCGAUUACUGAUGGCGAACCUUACGCUAAUCAUGUCCGGAAGAAGCGACAGACCGGCAGAGUAGACCGGCGGUUUAUAGUCCACAGCGGGGGCUCUGAUACCUGGAACAGAGGAGCUACUCAGUCCCACUGGUCCCAGCAAAGACGUGGACAGAGCUGGUCCAUCCCGCCACGGCAGACCGGCGCCAUCCAACCAAAGCAGCAACUCCCCCCAGCACACAUGCCGAGAACGAACUUACAGAACACACAGCCUAAUCGAAACGUGCAAAAAUUUCAACAAAAUCAGGCUAGAAAUGUUCGUGUGCUGCAAGGACAACAGCAGAUGUCUCCCAACCGAAACGCCUUCCCAACCGGAAGCCAAAUGUCUCCCAACCGAAACGCCUCCCCAACCGGAAGCCAAAUGUCUCCCAACCGAAACAUCUCCCCAACCGGAAGCCAGAACUUCUUUGAUCCCAUCGCACAAUUUAGAAAAAAACAAACGUCAAGUGCAUCUCAAUUCCGAAGAGGUUUUCAGCAACCUGGUUUACCUAAUGGUUUACUUGUGAAAAAUCGUCAGUUACAUCAAAAUCAACACAAACAAGGGGUAAAUUCAAAGUUGCAUGCAAAUGUACCCACCGUCAAUUCAGUUCAAGGAGAAAAAAAUAAAUUGAACCAAAUUCAACAGAUGUUUAGAACUGGGCGUGGCGGCGUUCCACAAACUCGUGAAUUCGUUGCAAACGGAAUCAAACGAGUGCAGACUGUUCGGAUUCCGAUAGAAAGAGAACGAGUAUUCAAUCCAAAUAUAAUAGAUCCCAAGUAUCUUGUUGUCAACGAGAAUGAGCCUGCCCAGUCCAAUCAACCAUUGAUUCAACAAGUGCCAAAAGUUGAGCAAGCAACUGCAAAACCUGUAACAACAGCAAAGCCCAAAGCUACAACAAGUCAACCAACAGCAGCCCCGAUGCCACCUGCGACAACCAUCAAACCGAAGAAAAUGGGUUUGUUGAUGCCAUUUCGUACUGAAACGCCUCCACAAGUUCCAAUGUCUACAACUGUUCAACCAACAACCACGUCACCGCAACCAACGACAACUAUGAAAAUAGCCACAACAGUAGCACCCGCGACCACAGGAAGGGUAGAACAAACGACAAAGGCGACGAAUAUAGAAGCGACAUCUAAACCUUCUGAUAUUGGUAGGACUACAUCAAAACCCAAAACCCAUCUUGAUUUUAUGAUGCAGCUGUACGAACAGAAUCAAAAACAGGGAAUUGAGGAUCCAGAAUUGUUAGCUGCAAUACAAAGAGAACGAGAAAUGAUGUCCCAAAUUCCAAGCUCCGAAACUGUGACUCAGAGCAAUUUAGAUCCUUUACAAACAAAUGCUUUUACGCAGGAUAUGUCAACCGCUUCAAAUAUUGAUCAGUAUCCACAAACAACAGGCUCGCAACCUAUAAAUGAGAUUCCUGAGUACAUGCAUUCACUGCAUGAUCAUCACCAUCAUCACCCCCAUAUGGAGGGAUUAGAGCCAUUUUCAGCACCGGCCGGUGGAUUAUUAGGCGCUGAACCAAAUCCAAAUCACCUACAUAGUGACAACCACUACCAAUUUAAAAAUGCUUUUGCAAUACCAAAGUAUGAAGAAACACCGAGUGCAAUUCUUGAGGUUGGAAAUAUCAACGUACCAAAAGUUAUUGAACAAAGAUUAAGGGCCUACUUGACAACUAAAACGCCAAAGAUAGAAAAUAUUUUGUAUGAAAAGCCAAAUGAAGUAAAUAUUAAUGCAUAUUCUGCAACUGCGCUUCCAAAAACAACAUUCCAAGCCUUACUCGAAACAGAAUCCAUGAAAAGAAAUAUUAUUGACAACAGCAGAAACAUUUAUCAAGCUUUGCAUACGGUUUACAAUACCGAGAGAAGUCCAAAUUUUAUCCCUGUUAACCAAGGCACUGAAACAGAAAACACUCUAACUGGAGAUUCAAAUCCACAAGCUACAGAAAAUAUGAAAGAUUCUGAAAAAUCUUCGGUUUUUCCAAAUGGUAUCUUUAUUGUUCCUCCGGAUUCCAAAGUGGACACUCCACGUGAUUUUAUGGGGACGCCUCCAGCGUGGGAUGCAGAUACGCUUCCACCACAGUAUCUGAAUAACCAACCAGUGUCCAUCUAUACCGCAGCUCCUAUACCUAAAGGGGAAAUUUAUACUAUGAAACCUUCCGACGCAAGUGCAUUUGUCCAAAUGAUCGAGGAUCAGUUUUCAAAUCAGGAAAAUCCGUUAUCAUCUAAAAAUAUCAUUACAGAUCGCAUGCCCUCGAAAGAUAUAUCGGUCAAUGUGCCAGCUGCUGACGUAACCCCGGAUGUAACGACUGCUAGAAAUAUGGAAGCUAUGUUUGGAAAUGAAAUAAUGGCAGACACAGCAGCUACUAUUAAUGAAAAGGAUAACACUGAAUUCAUUCAGGACACCAGUCCAACAACUGACAAUAAGAUAAGUCUUUCAAAGCAAACAACAUUAGCUUCACCCUCUGCUGGAAUAGAGAGUGAGACAGGAUCAACUGCGAUAAAAUCUAUAACAACUCCUUCUAAUCAACCAUCCAAUUACGUUGACAGAAGUGCCAUACCUUUUGAAGAAACGGCAAGUGUUCAAUCGAAUCUUCAAAUGAAUCCUAUGUCAGAAAAUGUUGUUAAUGGCAAAGACAGGAUGUCAACGGGCAUGGAAACGGCUGACGUAAUAAUGAAAACAGAAAAUCAGAAACAGAUCAACGAUGAAUUUGUUAAUAUUGCUCAAGAUUUAUCAGAGAGUCCACAAAUAGCCUCAAGUUCAGUCCAAAAAUCAAAAGUUCGUGCUUUGCUUCCGGAUAUUCAAAGAGAUGAAAAGACCAAACCAACUCAGAAAACCAACCAAUUUACAAAGUCUACUACAAAAUCGACAUCAAGGACAACCAUGCUGUCAGUCAAAACUACACAAACAUCUACAGAAACUUCUACAACUCCAAAAGUAAUUACAGAACCGAAACCAGUCAAAAUUUUGGAGCAGUUUGAAUAUGAAACGGAGAAGCCUGCUAGAUAUGAUGAUGUACAAACAACUUCUACAGUAACUUCUACAACUCCGAAAGUAAUUACUGAAACAAAACCAGUCAAAAUAUUGGAGCAGUUUGAAUAUGAGACCGAGAAGCCCGCUAAAUACGAUGACGUAAAAACAACUUCUGCUCCGUUUACAGAGACCUUCCCACCACUUCCGCCUAAAAUUCAAAUUAAUAUGAGAGGUAGAAAGCCGACAAAAGUAGAGAAUGAUUUAAGCAAUGCAUAUAAAAAUCAAAGGCCUCAGAAGUUAAGUGGAUUUGUGGAAGAGAUUGCUCCUUCUACCACACAGUCAGAACAAACCUCAACACCAACAAUACCUAGCAUUUCGACAAGCACUUUAGCUGCAAACACACCAACUACACCUGCAACAACUCUUGGGUUCUUAGAAUUCCUAAGAAUGGAAAUAAUGAAACGAAUGAAGGAUAGAAAAACAACUUUAGGGAAGGAUUAUACGCCUAGCUUACUAAACACAGCUUCGAUGUCUUCUGCCCCAACGACAAGAAUAUCAACGACAACUCCAACCCCAACAACAACCACAACUCUACCAACAACAACGCCGCUGAACCUGGCAUACAUAGAAUUGUUUGAUCCUGAAAGAUACAAGAAAAUAAUGGCAAAGAUUUCAACAACAACAAAAGCACCACCAACUACAACAACAACCGCAACUACAACCACAACACAGCCUUCGACAACUGAGGGAUCUACUAAAUCAUCGUUUACUUCACCAACAUCGCUCAAUUUUUCAUCAAAGAGAAAAGAACUUAAGCUGAAAACUACAUCACCAACGACGACAAGAACUACAACCAAUAAACCUUCUACUACUACAACUUCUUCUACUACUUCUACUGCUUCUACUACUACAACUUCAACAACCCAGCCAUCAACCACUACAACCACAAUGAAACCAACAACUACCACAUUAUCCAUGGCUUACCUUGAACUCUUCGAUAGAACUCGUUAUAACAAACUCCGCCCGAAAACGACAGCAAAACCAACAACAACUACUGAAAAAACAACAACAACAACUGAAACGCCUACAACAACAUUAGCUCCUGAAACCACUACAGAAUCAAUAGUGAAAAAUGAAAUACCUGAAUCUUCAACUAAAACAAUCAAACUUGCUCCACCUACUAAGCAAGCUCUAUCUACCAAAGCUAAAAAGACAAUAACAACACAGACUUCAACAUCACCUACCACAACCACCGCAAUUCCUACGACAACUACCCUACAAACGACAACAACAACUCAGACAACAACAACUCCAACGACGACAACGACAACGAAAGCUCCAACAACAACAACAACAACAACAAUUGCACCUACCACAACAACUUUAUCUCUGGCUUACCUGGAGAUUUUUAAUCCAGAUUUAUACAAGCAACUACGGCCAAAACCAAAAACAACCACAACAGAAGAGCCAACAACCUCAACAACUAUAACAACGACUGAUAUUCCUACCCAGUCAUCUACUGAUUAUUCCAUUACGGAUCAGUAUAAAACAGAAAAAGUAGGGGCUUACCGUGAAAACAACAGAGUGAUUGCAACAAAUGAAUUAAAGACAAAACCAACAACGUCCACGUCAACGUCUACCUCUACUACCACAACAGCAACAACGACAACGUCUACAACCACAGAACCAACAACAACUACAACCACAGAGCCGUCAACAACUACACAAUCAAUGGCGUUUUUGGAAUUGUUUAAUCCAACGUUGUAUAAUAAACUUCGUCCAAAACCGAAGACAACGACGACAACGACCACAACCACUAUUGCACCACCACCUUCAACAACAACAACAACGCCUACACCAAAACCAGCAACAACAAGAAAAGUAUCGACUUCAACAAUAGCUCCAACUACGACGACAACUGAACCAACAACUACGUCUACAACAACGGAACCAACCACAACUACCACUCCAGAACCGACAACUACCACAACAAUGACCACCACUACCACCAGACCUACUACAACUACUGCUAGUCUCGCAUAUUUAGAAUUAUUCAAUCCUAAACUUUACUAUAAACUUCGACCAACUACCACAGAAUCACCAACGACCACCACAACACCUACAACGACUACAACACCUACAACGACUACAACAUCUACAACGACUACAACACCUACAACGACUACAACACCUACAACGACUACAGAGGCAAUAACAACCACUACUUCUUCAGAACCAACAACAACCACUAUCAAACAGACAACUUCCACUACAAAUCCAACAACGUCCACUAUUAAGACAACAUCUACCACUUCCAUAUCAACAGCAACUCUUACAACUAAGAAGCCUACAACUACUACUUUCAAAUCAACAACAACUCCAACAACUAUAAGGCCUACAGCCAGUACUUUCAAAUCAACAACAACUACAACAACUAAGAAGCCUACAACUACCACUUUUAAAUCAACAGUAACUACAACAACUGAAAUUCCAAUGACAACGAUAACAACAAUCCCAACAUCAACAUCCACGGACGAACCAUCAACUCCAUUUGUUACUGAUGAUACACCUGUAACUACACUGAAGACAACGUCAACAACGGUGUCAACUACAGAACAGGUCACUCCAAAAACAACUAAAAAGAUGACCACUAAGAUAGUUAAACAGAAAGCAUUAGACACCAGCCCUAUAUCCACAUCAACAACGGAAUCUACGACUUCACAAUCUACUGUCCAAACAACAAUUACGGAAACUAGAAUUAUGCAGGGGAAAGAGCAAAAUGUUCAAGUAAUUAAACCAGAAUCAUCAAACUCCGCACAUGCUUAUCUAAUUGUUAAUGACAACGGUCAAAAAGAUCCGUCAGCAUAUAGGAAAACGAAUCGUGAAGUAAAGGAAGGCUUCGGUGACAACUUUUAUGCCGACAGUCUUUUAGAAAACAGCAUAAAUGAAAAGCCGGUUAAUAAAAAUUCAGCCAAAAAGAUCGAAUCAUUCAUUAACAAUGCCAAAAAAUCAAACAUUGAUAUUCCUGGACCAGUGGCAAAUCAGUUGAAAAACUUAUUUACCCAGCAGAGUAACACAGCGAGUAAUUUUAACGAAGAACCAUCUAUCAAAUCAGAUACAUUGACUUUGUACAAAGUACAGGGCAAUAGUCAGUCAAACUCUACCGCUGACGAUAGAUCUGUUAUCACUAAACAGACGAUCAAACUCACAACAACUUUGCCUGAUGCAGGACGACAAACUACUACAGUAGAAGAUAAAUCUGCUGUGACUUCACAUAGUACAGCUGACCACACUACUAAUUAUCCACCUACUGUACCAAGCUACACAAAGAAAAGUACUCCUACAACCAAAACAUAUACUAUUAAAGCUUUGGAAGAUAGUACCAGAGCAACAAAUGGAAAAGACAAUUUAAUCAAAAUCAAAAUCAACGAUCAAAUAUACUUCUUAGACUGGAAGAAGUUACAAGCACUUGGUUUGAUGUCCAAGACUAACAUGCAGUUCGAUUUUAGUACAUCCAAAUCUCCUCCUCAAUCAAGCACAACUUUAUCACGUACGACGAGAGAUGUUCAGUCUGUGACAAGUUCGUCAUAUCUUUCUACAUCGCCGGUGACUCAGCCGACUACGACUUCAGCCCCAGUUACAUCAACGACAACAGCUGAGGUACACGAUGAAUCAGCUUCUUCUUUAGUGAAUCAAAGGCAGGAGUAUGACCCGGAGCAACAAGCACUCACAACUCUACUGCAAUUAGCUGAAAAAUACAAUGUUGUUAUUCCAAGAGACUUGUCAAAACAAUUCAACAAAAUAUUAGACGAUAGCAGGAAAAAACGAACUAAUCAGCCACCAGGAACUCAUUCUACUGCCCCAACAACUGAAAAAGAGACCAAAACUUCGAACAAUGUAGAAAAGAGUACAACCCCAAUGCCAAUUGAGAACACGAAAGGUCAAACAGCUAGUCCAUCACGUCUUGUUGAGCUCAAAGUUGGUUCUGAAAAAUACUACGUUGAUUGGGAUCAAUUUCAAUCUAUGGGCUUUAUCAAAAAACGAGACCAGACGCUGAAUAGUGUUGGCGUUAGUACAACUAGUACAACAAAUACUUUUGAGACAACGACGGUUCCCUCGUCAACUGCGUCAGAUAAAAGUCUCAAACUAGAUGGUAAAUAUGUACCUAUAGUAACUUCCAUUAAUCUGACAACAGUGAAAAAUAUUAAUACAACACCACCCUCGUAUUCUAUACUAAAAGAAAACUCGUUUGGAAUCUCUAACUCCGAUACCACUCUCCUGCCUCCCAACGCUACACAGGUUAUGUCCGAAUUCCAACAAACUGGUUUGAAUUCAGCCAAUACUAAAGACAAAGACUUAAUUUCUGCCAUAGAUUUGAUAAAGAAUAACUUAAAACUUCUUGAGGAAAGGUUGUACGGAAGUUCAAACUCAAACACUCAGCGAAUAACUUCUGCAAUUGGAGAUACUCUGAGGCAAAAAAUAAUAAAGAAAACUUCAUUGAAGAAUGAAGGGGAUAAACCAAAUAUUACUUUUCUAAAAGGAGAUAGAUUUCGAGCGUUUUCGCAAACUCCUAUUGAGAAGAAAUUGACAACUGCACGAGAUGCGGUGAUUCCCACGGGAAAUGAGGAACUCUACAAAUUAUAUGCAAUAGACCCACCUGUUUUAUCAGAUAGUAUUAGCAAGGACACCAUUUAUCAACAUCAAAAUAACAAAGACUUACUAUCGCCUGAUGUUGAAAGUCUGUUUAAUACUAAUCGUGAGAAAACAUUUGAGUCACUGUGGAACAUGAAUGAAAAAUUUGUUACCAGUAGGAAUAAAAGAACGACAUUUGAGCCUUACUCAUACGUAUUUUCGGUAAAUUUGCCAUCUUCCUUUGAAAGACAAACAAGAAAGCCUAGUUCGUAUCUAUUUCAGUCAAACCCUUACUACGAACCAAGGAGAUAUAAUGACAACAAACCAACUCUAAUGGGCAUAGGUGAAUAUAGACAAAGUAGUGACAGCAUUAUGCCUAUCCAACUAUUUCCGGGUAUUAAUAAUUCUGGGAAAAGUGCAACAAUGUUCAACUCUAUAGAGGAUAAACAAAGGAAUGAUGUGAAAAUAUUUUCCAAAAAUCGGAGGAUAAAUACAGCUAAAACAAAAGAAGAUAUGUUUUUUCAAGAUUCCCUUGCUGAUACCCAACAAGACCUUCAUCUUUCUGUCCAUGAUGUAAAACUUGGAACAGAUGGAAUGUAUCCACAGAUGCAUAAACGAAAGGGGCCACGUCAGCAUAGUUUACGAGAGCCAUCUAUGCACAAAUCAAUAAAAAAGACAACAGCCGAAACGACAAUGUCACCAUCGUAUCUGGGUAAUGAAGAUAAUGUCCACAAAAUUAUAAAAGUCACUCAAAUACAAAAUAACCGACAAAGCUUAGGACCAAGUGACGCUGGGGUUUUCCAAGCAGGGAAAAGUCGGCUAUCAACAAGAAAAGGCAAAGAGACGUGGACAUUUAACGAUAAAGCACUUCUAACUGAACAAGCAAAAGCUCCACAGCAAAUCGAAACCUCUCAAACUCAACAGUCUUCAACGGCAAUCAAAACAGGUCAAAAAGCAAUGAUUUCAAAAGCAACUUCACAGGAAAGAGCAACAAUAAAGACAACAGAAAAUCUCGCAACUAAGGAGCCCAAAACUACCACUACAACACAACCAACAUCUAAAACAGAAAGACAAACAACAACUACGACACUCUCUACGACAGAAAAGCCAACAACAACUACGACACUGUCAACGACAGAACAGCCAACAACAACUACGACACAGUCAACAACAACUCAACCAACAACCACAACGACAGAAAAGCCAACAACAACAGAACAGGUAACAACAACUAAAAAAAACCCAACAACUAUAACACAAAAACCAACAACUAAACAGCAAGAAACAACCACAAAAAAGCCAAGAACUACAACACAAAAACCAACAAUAACCACGACACGGCAAACGACAACAGAACAGCCAACAACUACACAACCAACAACAACUUCAACAGAACAGCCAACAACAACUACAACACAACCAACAACUACACAACCAACAACAACUACAACAGAACAGCCAACAACAACUACAACACAGCCAACAACUACAAAACCAACAACUACAACAGAACAGCCAACAACAACUACAACACAGCCAACAACUACACAACCAACAACAACUACAACAGAACAGCCAACAACAACUACAACACAGUCAACAACUACAAAACCAACAACAACUACAACAGAACAGCCAACAACAACUACAACACAGCCAACAACUACACAACCAACAACAACUACAACAGAACAGCCAACAACAACUACAACACAGUCAACAACUACAAAACCAACAACAACUACAACAGAACAGCCAACAACAACUACAACACAGCCAACAACUACACAACCAACAACAACUACAACAGAACAGCCAACAACAACUACAACACAGCCAACAACUACACAACCAACAACAACAACUACAACACAGCCAACAACUACGACAGAACAGCUAACAACGACCUCAGAAAAAACAACUACAACAAUGGAACAGCAAACAACCAAAUCUAAGCUAACAUCAAAGCACCCAACAGAAACCUCCAUUCCCUUGAAGGCAACAACACCGUCAAAAAAGUUGGCAAUAUUACAAAAUGAUUCCAUGGAUCGAACGGAUAGCUUUAAAAGUCAGGGACCAAUGAUAAAUACGGAAGCCGGACCUACAGCAACCCAACCAGUAAACAAAGAUUACAUAGAUAUUAUGACAAGACAAUAUAUCGAAAGGCUGAUUCAACAAUUAACUGCUAAUCUAAGAAAGUCAAAAACGUCUCUGCCCCCUGAGAAUUUUUUAGUUGAUACCGUUAUGAACCGAAUGAGAGAAAAACAGACAAAAACUGUACCUAUCACAUCAUCAAACACAAAAUCAAGUAGAACAUUCACAACCCAGUCGGCACAACAUUCUUCUACGAACAAACAAACCACGGAACGUCAAUUUUUAAGCACUUUUCCUCAGCAAGAGCAAAAUCAGGAUCAGAUACAAACCUCAGUUGGAAAUAAAGUGGAGUUAAGUAAUUUGGUAACCAGUGUUGUUACUCAGUUUUCGCUUCCUGAAACAACCCCCUCUAUACAUGAAAAUCAAAGCCCAGUAAAAACCACUCCAGUUCGAAGAACGAGGUCAACUCAUGAACCACAACCCGGAACAAAUGGUACAUCGGCUGCCUAUGAAACAGCUACCACGGAAUAUAAAAUCAAUGCAGAAAAGGAUACAACAUCUACAACUGAUUUAAAAACACAUACAGCUAUUGGAACGAACAAAGCCAAAUCAACCUCUGCAGAACCCAGUUCUUCUGGAAUUAAGGAGGUUCAUCAGUACACCACUUUUGAAGCGAAUUCGUUUUCUGAAAAUGAAAAUUCACCGACAAACACAGUAACUGCCACUGACAAUACAGAGGCAAUGUCAUCAGCGCAAAAUACGGACACUUCCUACAGUGGUCAUUCUCAUAGCCCUUCUUCUGAGAGAUUAUCAGAAACGUAUAAACCACAAGAAAAUCAAAUGAACAAAAAUAACGUAGACGAGUACGCCAUGGACGUGAAAUCGACAUCAGCUGUGGAUCCGCCAACUACUGAUAGUAAAUCUAAACUACAAUUUUCAACGACAAUAAUGGGAAGGAAGGGAUCUGUAAGUAGUACAAUUGACAAAACUAAUACAGCAUCCUCUCGGCCAAAACUGACUCCGGUUGUUUCUUCUGAGUCUCAGAACUAUAUAGACACAACAACAGAGUUAUCUACAUUGAAUAAAGACAUUACGAAUGCUGAUCAUCUAAUUAACGACGAAACAUUACCAAACUUAGAAUCAACGACAAACACUGAAGCAACUGAUGAAUUAACGAGUUACACCUCGGCAUCGCCUUCAUCGAGUUUUCUAUCUGAAACGCCUUCAAAGGUUAGUAAAAUACAAGCUGCAUUUGGUGAACUUCCAACACGUGGAACUUUUGAAACGCUGGAAAAACAAACAACAAAAUCCAAGGCUACAUCAAAACAAACAUCCGAUAAAUCAGUAGGCGAAAAUCUUUCCACUUUUGAAAAUGCAAAAACAUCACAAACAACAUCUGUUCAUUCAUUGGACACAACACAUGAUCAGUCCGUUCUUAGUGAAACACCAGAGAAUACAUUUACAUCAUUUUACGCUGAUGAAGCGACGGGUAAAGCAAAAACGUCAGUGACAAAUCACCAAUCGUCCAGCCAGACGACAAUUGAUGAAUCAACAACAACGGCCAACAAAAACACAGAAAAUCCUGCCGUACAAACAUCAGAUAUGACAUCUACUUUGUCAGGGUCUGCAAUUGCUGGGACAUAUGACACGACAGUCGAUAAGGUCCAAACAUCUACCGACAGAGAACAACAAGAGAGAAUAAUGUCGUCAGAAGGAACAAAGAAAAGAGGAGAUGGAACUCAACAAACAAUGAUAAAUUCCUCAAUAGAUACAAAAAGUUCUACAAGACCUAUUACCGGCACUGCAGAACAAACACUAUUAACAACAAAUGAAAAGAGCGACCAAACAAAUACACGGCAAUCUACACUAAAUUCAUUAACAGAAUCAGAUGGGAUGUUAACAUCUACGACUGAAAACGUUAAAGCCAAUGAAAUCAUGAAAUCAACUACUAGAAUGCAAAAGCAAGAAACAGAACAAGAAGAAUAUUACAAUACACAAAAAACAGUGGACGAAAAUCCAGCUUCUGUUAGAGAUAAUACCAUGGCUCAGAUAACGAAUGAGAAAUCUACUGAACAGGCCGGUCAGAAUAUGAAAACAACGAGUGUAAAUGAUUACACAGAGUCUAAACCAACAGAAAAUGUACCUUCUGAGUCUUUCUCCACAAAGGCCACAUUACCAACUUUAGGAGAUCAAACACUAUCAAAUACACAAAUGUCAACAACAACAACAACAAUGAAACAAUCACAUGAAUUUGGAACAACGGGAGCAGAAAACAUUGAAAAUAUCUCUGUGACAGAAACUACAUUAAGUCCCAAUACAACCAGAAAGAAUUCAGUAGCAAUUACAGAAAGUCUUAAUAACAAAACAUCUUUGCAAAAAUCAGAUUCAGUACCAAAGACAUCCGAAUUUUUCUACGAUCAUCCUGAGGCCAUUGCAAACAGAAUUUACGACAAACAUGACAUAAAGGACAGCGAUAUGUUUUAUUUGAAAGAUUCUGAGUCCUACAACGCUGUGUAUCACACAACAGAAAAGGAGCUGAUUACAGAUCCUCCAGAGCCAACAGAAUCAUGGGCGUAUCUAGAAUUAUUUGACAAUCGACAGUUCAAGAAAAUACAAGAGAGACAAAAAAGUACUAGAACUCCUAAAACAACUGCAUCAACCUCAGGAACCCCAGUCUAUCUAUUUACGACUACACUGUCCCCUGAAACAACUACAACAGCAUCAACAACGACAACAACAACACAACCAACCACCACACCAACAACACCAUCUACAACUCCAAAUCUAGCUUACUUAGAAAUAUUUGCUCCAGAUGAAUAUAGAGAAAUCAUGGCAAGAUGGAGAACAACAGAGACACCAACAACAACUACUUCCACGACAACAACAACAACUACUACUACUACAACAACGACACCAGAACCUACAACAACAACUACGACACCAGAACCUACAACAACAACUACGACACCAGAACCUACAACAACUACGACACCAAAACCUACAACAACUACAACACCAAAGCCGACGACAACUACUCGUAAGCCGACAACAACUACACGUAAACCUACGACAGUAGUAACUAUACGAAGGCAGACAACAAGAACUACUACACCCAGGAAGACAACACGUCAACAGACUAUAUCAACAAAGUUUUCCACGCCAACAACAAGACUCAAUGCAAAAUCAACAAAAGCAGACGCUGAUUUAACAACAAAGGCCAAAACCCUUAAGAAAAAUUUAACGACAACUUUGAAAUUACUAAACACUGCUAGUGUGAAAGGUGAUCCUCGUAAAGCUACAAAUAAACAAGAUCAGGUAACCAAAGAUAAUCCAAUGACUACAAAAGAAUCUCGUAAAUCAACCCUGUCUCCGAAGAAUGCGGACAAAAUUGUCUAUACAGAAUUAAAAUCCCUUAUAAACGAAUUCAGCAAACUCGCUGAAAGAUAUGAAACAACAAUGAAACAGCUAGCGACAAAGACCUUGACAACACCAGAGGCAGAGAUAACGGAGAGCUCAGUAAAUGCUGUACCCACUUCAGAUCCUACGGUAUAUGUAACAGCUGCAUCUAAAACUCGGGCCCCGGAGACAAACGCAGCUUUUUCGCAGACAGCAGCAAGGAAAGAAAAACAGAGAGAGGCAUUUGAGGAAGUGAUAAGAUCUUCAACAUUAAGAGAUAAUUUGUCAUUAACAACUAGUACGUCACUCAGUACAACUCAGUCAUCAACGACUAAACUAACAAGAUCUUCAACUGAACCUACCACAACAACAAUGCCAACGACUUCCACAACUCAACCUACAACAACAACAACUCCUACAACAACUACAGAAACAACAACUCCUACUACAACCACAACUACAACGACAACAACUACUACAACAACACCCGCACCAACUACAUCUACAACACUCCCAACAACGACAACCCCUAGCCGGGCAUUUAUGGAGCUAUUCUUCCCGGAUCUUUAUAAGCAGAUGUUUCCUGAUCCCACGACAACAACACCCGAACCCACAACGACAACAACAAUCCCGACAACGACGACAACAACUGUUGCUCCCACUACUACCACUACAACUAUCAAACCCAAAACCACUACCACCACAAGGCGCCCAACCACCACCACACCAACCACCACGACCACAGAACGGACAACCACUACAACAUUUCCAACGACGACAACUACACCAACGACAACAACAACAAUUCCAACGACGACUACGCAGCCUCUAGCAAUAAUGGAACUCUUUAAUAGACACGAGUUUAUGAAAAUUAUGGAGAGAAGGAAAUCUACGACUACUUCUACAACAACAACUACAACUACUACCACAACUACUCCAAAACCAACCACAACACCCGCCCCUCGCUGGGAAAGAAAAAGUACCAUUCAAUCGUCUGUUCAACUAAAUAGUGAUACGAUUCGUAUCAUAAACCAGGUCGACCCAAAUGCCAGAAUUGCCUCAUCUAAUAUCAAGUACUUAUUUGGGAUGCCAAAUCAAAACUAUGACACACAGUCUAUACAAAACAAACAACCUAUGAGAAAUGACAUUGUUACUCCUUUAUCAACGGUUACUGGUGAUCUUAUACACGAUACUACAAAAACAGGAUAUUCGUUUAGCAAUGUUGUUUCAACUGAAGCACAACAACAGGGUUCUUACAAGACUCCAGAGAUAACAUUAAAAACGACAAAAAAUCCAACUUUGACUAAAAGCCCUUCACGACAAUUUGAAUCAGACGCAGAGAGGCUCAUCAGGCUAAAGCAAGAACUUGAACGCGGAGAUAUAGACCCAAAAACAUUCCUAGACUUGAUUCUAUACAAACGCCCUAUGACAAAGAGGCCAAAUGUAGACACAACUAGCUCUCCAGAAUUGAAAGUAUCAAUAAUGUCGGAAACUCCCAUGAAACAAACGUGGGUGACUUCAAAUGCUAUUAUGGACAAAGUACCUUCUUCAAAAGACCCCGUUACCGCCAAACCUAUUCCACAAGUGUUCCAGACAACAAAAAUGACGUCGUCUCCUGUCGUUUUCAGUGCAAGAACCACUCCAAUGAAACAGGGGGCACAACAGUACACCGAAGUCCCGAAAUCCAAUAGAGAUUCACAUCAACACUCUGUUGUCUCGAAUGCUCGAGAACCACAAAGCGAUAGCAACCGAAAUCAGCCCCAAGCUCAAAUGAAUGACAUACCAAAUGGACAGUUUGCUAAAGACACGACACCUUCUCAGGAAAUGACAAGGGAUAUCGUAGGACUGCAGGUGGACGCAGCUCCACUCAUAACUAAAAAAGCCUUUAAUCUUUUAAGUUCUGGUGGAGCCUCUCUUGAUAUCCUUCAAUAUCACGAAAGACAAGCCAGUCAGGCUGGGGUACCAUCUGGUCUGGGACAGCCAGCAGACAGAGAUAUGUUCAGGCAAGAAGUAACGGGGGUACCGGUACAACAGCGGGCUGCUUACAGUGGAUUAAGUUUCAGUGGACUCAGCGCCCAAAUGGCCCCAGUGUUUGCUGAUUCCUCGGGACAUCAAAGCCAGACAAUGAGCCCGGACCGUUUCGAUAACUUUGAUUUUAUUAAUGGAAAAUCUGUCAGACGAGGGCAUCCUUUAGAAAUCAGAACUACAACUGAAAGUUGGAUGCCGAGAACUCAAGUUCAGGGUAGUCUUUCGCAACUGAGCCGAAUGAAUAACUAUAUGGAUCAAAACAGCAUGAAUAAUUUGAACAAUGCAGCUCUUGGAUUAACUGCACAUGAGAGUUUUGAACAGAAGUUUGGAUUAAGUAACUCGGUAGGAAAACCGUCCAUAGAUUUCACAGGUGGCAGUUCAAGUUUAGGAAAUCUGGGAAAUGUCGUGUCUUCAGGAGGAUCAAUUUCGUCAUUUGAAAACAGGCGAAGGAAUUCCCUUCAAAAUAAAAGAUUUGCCAACGGUCAAAUAGUAUGGGAUUCACAUGCAGGACAAGGAUCACAUCAAAUGCCUGAUGGGCAAAUUUUUACUCAAGAUCAAAUGUCAAAUAUGAAUCGAUUCAGUUCUGGUCAACAAUCAAAUGGAAACAACUUUAAUUCAAGAGCUUCGCCUCAGAGAAGAGCGAACCGUGUUGUGAAUCAGCAACUCUCAAACUCAGCUCCUACUGAAAACGUACAAAUCAACUGGUAUGAGUUUGGUUCAGAGAACCAAGGGCAUGGUUCUGGUAGAUUGUCUAAUGGAUUUGGCGGAGCGGCAAACGUACCAUCAUCAUUCCAGCCACAAACACGCGAGUCCAUACAGAGUCCAAGUCAAGCAUCAAGAACUCAACCCUUGGGAAGUCUUUCCAACCCAAAUAGUGGGCUAGAAUCAGGUGUUCUUGUAUCUGCAAGCGGGCAAAAUAUGGAGAUAAACGUUGCACGAGGAAUUAAACAAAAAACGGCUGCAGACAAAAAUGUCAUAACGCAUUCGCUUGGUUCACAUUUCGCAUUUGUGCCUGAAAGUCAGGGCCCAAGUGAUAUCUUGAUGCCAAGUUCUCAAAUGCUUUCAUCACAAAAAUUAGGUGGUGGAAACUUCCGAACAUUUGGUCAGAAACCGCGGCAACAGCAAGCAAACCCAAGGUACAAUCCAAUGCAAUCGAAUGGUGUGCUGAUUUCGAGCAGGUCGGAGAACAGUUUUGGAAGAUUCGACAACAGCGGAUUCACGCGGCCCCCGGUCACCCCGUCCACUCCUCAACCUGAAUUACCUCGGGAUAUUCCUUUUAGAUCUGGUGGUUCUUUAUCUAAUGUUCCAAAUCCACCACCACCACCACCGCCUCCGUCACGGUUUAUGCCUCAAGUAAAACCCCGGCCCCCAGCUCCAUCUAGAAACACGAUGGUCAGACCCUCUAUACCAUCACAGAAUGUAGCGCCGCAGCCGUCCAACAACGUUUGUGGUUAUCGAGAAGUUCUUCACUGUGAGGGGCGGGGAUUCCAUCGACGUUUCCCUGGUAUUGGUGAACAGUGCGUGAGGACUUGCACAUCUGGGCAUUGCCCAGCCAAGCGCUGUCAGUGUGAGUGUAGAAACACUAUGACGGGAUCAAGAAGGCCGUUCAGAUCAUCCAAUCCUCUCCACAGUAACAUGUUUCAAGGCAGCAAUGUCUGAACAGUUUGUGAAGACACUCACUUCCGGAUUCUUUCUAAACUUUAAAUGUGUUCAAUGUGUUGAUGCAUAUGCACUGCAUAUUUAACUGAUUGAUUUGACAUGUGUUACUGACAGGCAAUUCGUUGGUAGACAUUUACUUGUUCGAUCCCCUUUGAUCAAGAUUUAAGCAAUGAGCUGUCAACGCGAGACACUGAACGUUGUUGGUUCACACGUGGAAUCCUAAAAUAGAGAAGACGUACAGAGUAACUAUUAGUUUUCUCUUAAUUUUUUUUCAGCAACUCAGUUUAUUGAUUUAAUGGAGCUGGUCUUCAUCGAUGAUUUUAUUUGAUUUUUUCCUCCUUUGGUAUUUUUAAUUAUGUGACAUAAAUUAACUUCUUAGAAAACUUUUUUUCGCCUUUCAUUUACCAUAUUUUUAUAACUAAAUUGAAUUUUUCCAUGUUUCCCACUGAAAAUAUGUUCUGUGAUAAAUAGUGAUAUUUAUAUAGUUGGGAUGGAAUUGAUUUACAAGGACUCGUUUUUAUCUUUAGUUGGAUAAGGGAGGGGUUGCCGUAGAAUUUCUUUAACAAAGUUAGCAAAGCAGAGUUGUCAUUUAAGAUUGUUUGCAUUAAUAUGUGUAAUUUUGGAAAUGUUAUAAACUUGAUUACUUGGACCCAUAUUAUCUUGCAAUAAAAACUGCGUGUCUCUGUCUGAAUCGUGAGGUUUUGUUGACACACUGAUGAGAGAUGACCUGUCAGUUAUAAAUGAUUCUGCAUGAAAACCAGAAUUUCAGGUUACAAGGUAUAGAGGUGCAACAAGCAGGCAAGAUGGCGGUUGUAAUUAAGAUUGAAAUUUAUGCAUCGAUUGUAUAUACUAGAGCGUCUGAUACAUAUAUUUAAAAUGUUCACAAUAUUUGGUGCAAUUUUAUUUCUUGAAUGUAAUUUUGUUACGUGAAUACAGGUCUACUUCACUCAUUUAAAGGUCAUGUGACUGGGCGUUGUAUUAUUUCCCUUUUUCUUUAUUAUUUAUAACAUGGUGCUGUUUUAAUGAAUAAACUGUUUAAAUAUA